GGCGGGGUUUAGCUCCAUUUUCUCUGUCUGUCCCGAAAAAGUUUGCACCACCAAACCUCAAAAGAGUCAGAUUCACCUGGUGCGCGCGGUGCACCUGUCGCGACAGUAUAGCUCACCUGCGCUUUACCUCGGAUCUACCUGUUGAUUCAAGAUGCGUCAAUAAUCCAGCACGAACCGGCCAGACGUAUCAACACAUUAACUACCAAAUAAAAUAAUCAUGAAGAAGGGAGCGUUGCAUUUUCUGGGUCGAAAGAAGUCUCUGUUCGACACCAAUAUGCCAGCCAGAGACAUGGACAAUGUGGAGCUGGUGCUGGGGUCAUCAGCGAUCCCCGAGUCAGGAACUGCCAGCGUGCGGGCCAGACCCACCGUCAAGCAUUACGCUUCCUCAUAUGAGAGUUUUUCACCGUUUGCCGUCCCGACACCCACAGUCCCCGACCUCCCCCCUAUGAACGGUCCAAAGACCAACGGUUCAGUCGGUGGAAAUCACUUAUCCAAUGGAUCUGUUAUAUCUGUGCCUGACCUUGUGGAGGAGGAGGAAAUAUAUAUUCCUCCUCCUCCCUCUAUGGCACCUCCACCCCCUCCAGGGACAUUUGUCCCUCCUCCUCUAGACUUCAUGGGUGACCUGAACAGUCUAAACUUGGCAACCCUUCAGCCCGCUCCAACACCGAACUCACCGGCACCUUUCUUGGAGGAGGAAGACUUAACCUUCAUGAAACCGCCACCAAUGGCUCCGCCAAAGCCUCCGUCUACUUCCUCUAGUGGCUCUGAAUUAUCCGUACCCAUUUCUGCUUCAACGCCACUCAAAGUUCCUGAGCGUCCAACCUUUUCCCCGCCAGAGCCUCCUUCUGAAAGGCAACACAAGACUCUUAAGAAACCACCUCCAAAACCCAUUAGACUGUCCUCUAUAUCCACCUUUGAAUCCCCACCAGUGACUCCUGCCCCAACUCCCCCUGCGCAGACACCCACACUGUCUACUUUCAAUCCCCAAAACACAGCAAAGCUUUACUAUGUUCCUCAGACCUCAAUCCUCAGUGGGUAUGAAGAGCAGGACACAAAACCCAAGCAGAUGUUACUCCUGGAAGAUACAGCGUCUGCUAACUCUGCCCCAAUGCUUGUCCAGGUGGAUGGGAAAGCCCCUAAAGCGGUUUCACCAUCUAAACCAGUUCCCAGAGAUGUACAGGAGCAGAUGGAGAACUUACGAGUGACCCAACCCUCUCAAUCACCCCUCCCUGAGCCAAACAAGGAGGCUAAAACGGAGAUAGUUUCAGCACAGCCAGAAAUGGACAAACCUCUCCGGACUCCACAUCAGACGUCACCACUGAUGGGUACUCCGGUGAACGCUGAGCCCACCAAGGACAAACUUGAAGGAUCUCCAGGUCAGACUCACUUAUUCAGUCCGUUGAUAGAUUGUAAACUACGCAACCUGAAGAGUAGUGAAACCAAUGGGGCACGAGAUGCACCUACAGCUUCUCCUCUGGCUCUUUUACUAGCGGCAAAAGAAAGAGACAAAUAUAAAUCGAGUAACCCUCUUUCGCGGGAAAACAGCGCCAAGACAAAUGAGCAGCCCAGUGCAAGCAUUCAACCGAGUGACUCGAGUCCCAAUUCCUUUAUCAUCACUCCAAGGUCCAGCUCAUCCUCUUCUGUAACAUCUCUCAAAAGAACGCAGGAGAGUCUAAAGUCCGUCAGUCCUGUGGUACAUACGCAAACAGUUCAGACUCCAGUAAAAUCCAGCAGUCCUACUCCGGUCAAGUAUCAGAUGCCAUCCGCCAGCUCAGCUCUCAGUAGGAUGGCUUCAUCCCCAAGUGUGACCACCAACCUGGUUGAGCAGAAGCUAAAUGCAGUGCAAAGCCCCUCAAAGUCUCAACCCACACAGCCUGAGGAGUUGAGUAUGCCGUUACUCCCUCCGCCGCCAGAGUUUGGUGAUUUUGACGACUUUAUGGAGCCCCCUCCUUCCAUGCCUCCACCCGACCCUCCCAUGAAAAAGGCACAAAUUCUCCCUCCAUCUCAUGUUCCACCUCCUCCUCCAAAAGCCAAAUCCCCAGCAGCUCCAAAGCUCCCACCUCCUGACAUCAAUGUCAAAUCAAAGCUGCAAAUCCCAACGAAACCCAAGGCGGCCCCUGCUCAGCUACCACCCGCUCUUUCCUCCAGCCAGGCCACACUGCUCAGCAUCUUACAAAAGAAGAUGUUGGAAAUGGAAGACAGAAUGACCCCAGCAAAGGAGGCAGAGUACACGUCUGAUGACUGGGGCGCCCCCUUGUCCGAGGAGGACAACAAGGUCCCUGUUGUCCCCACAGCCACACCACAAAGCAAGAAUUACCCUGUGGUCAACAAAGUCCCAACCCUGAACAUGCAGGAGCUGGAGGCUAAAGUGCUCAGGAAGUCUCAGGAGACCUCCCCAGUGAAAGCACCCACCAGCAACGGAACGCAGUCAAAACAUCAGCACGGUAAGACCUUUACAAUUCGGCCUGGAACCAAACAGCCUAUUACUCUCGCCAGUGAAGGGGAUCCUUAAUGAGAUAAGUGUUCUUCUGUUUAGCACAAAUUGCACGUGAUGGGAUGAUGCGAUUUUGCAUCAGAGGGAAUUUGUACAAUGGGGGUAAAAGAGCACUUUGAACAAAUAAUGUUAGCAAAUAUGUUAAAAAUGUUUCAUAACAAUAGCCUGAAUGUACUCUGAAUAUAUUUCUCAAUCUUUGAAGAACACGCUAUCACUGUCAAAUCGUGUUUUUGUAUAUUAUUUUUUAAGUGUUAGUCCAUUUUUUUAAAGUGUUUUUUUUUUGGCUGCUGCUGUUUAUUCAGUGUAGAGGUAUAUGUCGCAUAUGUUGCCUUUUUAACCAAAGCGUUUAAUAAGCCUCAUUGCCACAUGGUUAAUAUUCAGAAGGAAAUUAAAGGUCCCAUAUUGUAAAAAAUCAUAUUUUUAUAUCUUUUAUAUUGUAAAGCAGGUUUAAGUGCUUUAUAUACUGUGAAAGUAUCGAAGCGCUCAAUAUACAGAGAAAUACACACAGCCAGUAUUCAAACAUUUUGCUUUUGAAACAAACUUUCAGGAUUUCGGUGAAUCUGUGAUGUCACAAAUAUACAAUAUUUAGCCCAUUACACGGUUUUAAACGUAAACAUUCUAAAUGUGUCCCAGUUUAUAUGUUGUUGCAGUGUAUGUUAAUGACAUCAGCUGACAGGAAGUAAACA